UGCUGUCUUUAAUUUAAAUGAAAUAUAAGUAUGUGCAACUAAUUAAAGAACACACGGAGCAUUUAAAUGUCCCACUGAAUAUAUUUCUUGCCUAAACAUGCUAGAAAUAUAGCUACCGAAACAACAAAGCUAGACUUAUCCAAAACUGUAUUUAGCGUUAAAAUGAAAGUAAAACCAAGGUUUUUUUCCCAUCACCUUCUGACCUUGAAAUGACAGCUAUUACAAGAAAUAAAAGUAACAUUGAAAUCAUUGAAAAGAAAGGUGCAAGCUUAAGAUUCUUGGUUCUUUCCAAGCUUUGUCAACAGAUAACAGCUCAGUCAUCGGAAUAAGAUGUUAUCUAGAGCCAUAAGGAGUCAACUUGCGUUUUCUGACCAUUUCCUGUCGCACUGUUAUUACAAACAAUCUCGGAAAUUCUCAGGCAACAACCUUAAGAAUUUUAGGGUGACGGGAUGUGUUGCUGCUCCGUUUACUCCCUUUCGUGAGAAUGGAGAUAUCAACUUUGACAAAUUCGGAGAAAGCGCCGAUUACUUCAAUAACAACAAUAUUCCGUACGCGUUCGUAAAUGGGACUGUAGGAGAGGGAAUGUCAAUGACUGUGGACGAGAGGAAAGAGUCGGCAGAGGCAUGGGUAAAGGUAGCAAAAGGAAAAGUGAAGAUUAUUCUCCAUGUUGGAGCAAAUAAUAUUCGAGAUUCACAAGAAUUAGCUAGACAUGGGAGUUCCAUUGGUGUAGACGCUAUAGCAUCUCUCUGUCCCUCUUUCUUCAAGCCUGCCAAUGAGGAAAUAGUGACUGAAUGUAUAUCGGAGAUCGCCGGUGCAGCUCCAGAUUUACCCUUCUUCUAUUAUUCCAUUGAUUAUCUGACAGGAAUUAAUGUGGAUCCGUCUAAAAUUCUACAGAGAGCAAGAGACAGGGUUCCAAACUUGGUUGGAGUUAAGCAUACUUCAAAGGAAGUGAGGAAAGUUUAUAACAGUUCUUUGGUGGAUCCAAGUCGUUUCCAAGUUUUAAUGGGAACAGAGGCGGAAUUCUUACCUUAUUUUUCCCUCGGCUUUGAUUUCCCGGUGACUCUGCCAUACAUGGGAACAUUAUUCUACAACCUGAAGACGGCCCAUGAUUCUGGGGACAAACACACAGCACUGAAGAUUCAAGCUCGGAUGUUUGAACUUGAUACAAUACGUGGAAAAUAUGGAGCUGGGAUAGAAGUAGCAAAGGCUAUGUUUGGUAUCAUUAGUGAGAUUGAUGUCGGACCAGUGAGAUUGCCGAUCACAAAGCUAACAACUGAUACAUAUCAAUUACUGAAGAGUGAUCUGGUGGCUUUUGGGCCUGUGAAUUGAAUGUAGAUACAUUAAAGAGACAGUACAACUGAAAAGCAAGUGCAUUUUACACCAGAUUUACCCAUUUAUUGCUAAGAAAUAAGAAAUAACGUUGAUCGUGACAAUUUAAGUACAUAAAAACCCCUUUCCUAUACCUUAUUGCAAACUGAAUUAAUCUUUUAUCGUUUAUCUGUACCACGUAUAUUUUGAUUGAUAGUACUAGUGCUGAAAACUAUAAAAGACUACGGUCUUCAUGGAAUACAAGGUAAACGAACUCUUUCUCGUUAAAUUAUAAAUGGUUUACUAAUUUCAGAUCAUUUAAACAUGAACAGACAUAAAUAUCACAUAUAACCCCUCAAGGGGCCUCACUGACAAAAUGAAUUUAUUUGUAACUUUUUGUGAUAAAAAUUUUAAAAAAAGAAGACUCAAAAUAGAUAUUUACAAAAUAAUAAUUCUGGUGAUUUUUUAAAAAAUUGAACAAUUAUUACAUGGGAGAAGUAGAAAAGACUUGUAAAGCUAAAUAAUUUUUUGAGAAUAGUUUAACUCGUGGCUUCUCUACAGUUUUCAGACACGGCAUCAGAUUGCGAGUGCUCAUGUUUGGGCAUAAUUACACAUGUAUAUUCAAUUCACUUAAAAGGAAUAUGCAAUGAGAAACAAAAGAAAAUGUACUGAAAUCCAGGUACAUAUAUUUCAAUAACCCUCGAUCAUUGUAGAACGUUUUCCCCUGUCGUACUGUUAUGACACCGCACAUGCGCAACACACUGUAGUAGAUCGUGCAGUGACAGCAUGGAUUUGUAGCAUGGUUUUGUAGAAAUUGAUAAAAAGACAACAACGUGUUCCUUUCUUGGAUUUAUUAUCACUUAUUUACUGUCUUGGAUGUACAGGUACUGUGGCAGGGGUAUACAAUAUGAUGAAAACGUACGUUAUGCGCACUUAAUGAACGACACACGUGGUCGAUGUGCGCGCGAAGUAAUUCAGCACUAUCUGUGUAAGUUAAUUAUGAUACCUUGGUAAUUCUAUCGAAUAUUUUGCCAUCUUUUAUUUUGUAUUGAUUAUCGUUUUCUUUUCAAACAUACUACUGCAGACUAUACUCCAUGAAUUAAGAAGUCAACGCCACCCAAAUUCCUCGUAAGCAACCACCUUUUACUUUCUCAACCGAAAUAUAUACCCCAGUAUUGAGAAGCAAUCAAAAACAAUAUAGCGACCGAAAACUUUUAUAAAUUAAUGUCAGCUUUAACACUGCACAAUUUAAUCCUGCCACUGAAAGAAAUUUUACAGUUAUGUAACCAUGGUAAACAUCGAUACACACGCGCACUUACUAUAAUCUGUCCCGGGUUAUGUUUCCACCACUUUAUACGAUUAAAAAAAAUACACAUAGCUGUCAAAAAGUACAAUUAAACUCGAUGAUAGAGAAAAAAUCGAAGAUUUCUUCACUGAAACUUAUCCAUUUUCACCAAUGGAAAUCCACACGACCGAAAACAAUUUUUUUACGAAGAUUUAUGGCCGAAAGUCUAAGGUCAGGCAUAUUUAAAGUUUGAAAGUUGCGUUUAAUAUCCGAAACAAUGCACACAAUGGGAGCUAACAAUACCAAUAUUUUAAAAAAAAACGACAUUUGAAUUGGAAAAUUAAUGAAAAUGUGAUAUGGGAUGUAAUAAACAACAGCGAGCAAAAGUUUCAAGUAAGAGGAGGUUCACCACUUAUUUUAACCCCUCUUUCUGCAGUACUUCUUCAUUCCAUCACUGAGUUUAAACAUUGAUAUUUUACUUUAAAAUGAUCAUUAUUUAAACAUUUAUUCAGCUAAUCACCUAAGCUCUACCGUUUCUGUCGGGCUGAAUCUUAUAUUAACAUGUCUCUGAUGUCAACAUCUGGUAUAUUGGUACUAUCAUUUCUAUACCUGCAACACAAAUUUUGGUGAGCGCUCGCGAGCACUCGCUCUGCCUCUGGUUUAGAAAUUGUUUUUACUUGUUUGAACGGUGGAAUCGGGACCGGUCUGACAAUUUGUUACAUGUACUUAUUGCAUAGGCAUCGGGACCGUGGGAGGGCUUAGCGCCCCCCCUCCCCCCUCCGGAUUGUUUGCAAAGUUAGACAAACCAUAAUCAUAAGCCUUUUUUUGGCUUGUCAAGAUUUUUUCUUGUUUAUUUAACAUCUGCUGGAUUAAAAAAAAAUUAAGAUAUACAUGCAAUACAAUAUUCAUGCACUUCCUAAUUGGUAAAGGCCUAAUACCUAUAUAGUAAGUUGCCAGAACUUGUGUCAGAACCAUUUGUAUAUGUAUCUUAUAUAAUAUGUAUGCAAUAAAAUAUGUUCAAAUAAAAUCCUAAUUGUUAAUAAAAAGGACAAACAGAUAAAAAAUGACGUAACCGUCUAUUAAAAGUUUCUAAGUAGUUCACUGGUCACUAUAAGUGUCCAAAAAUUACAAAUUGAGAUUGGCAGAUAUUGUAACCCUAUUACUCCAAGAGAUGAAAGAUAUGAUAUUAACUACCAAUCUGUUGUUGAAAAUCAACAUUAUUUUUUAUUUGUUUGUCCUCUUUAUAAACAAAUACGAAGUGAAUAUUGUUCACUUUUUAAUAAGCAUGUAUACCUUUAAACAAAAUUAACCCACCAGAUGUUAAAUCAAUACAAAAAGUUGUAACUUUAUACCUGAUGCAUUAAACGUAAGAAAAUCUGUGUACAUGUACUAACUUUAUUUGUAUACUGUGUGUAUUACUUGCGCCACAUGCGGUUUUUGUAAAUAAAUUGAAUUGAAUUGAAUAUUAAAUAAUAUGGUUUAUGCCAUCAUUGUAUCGCAUAAUCAAUUUUUAAAUUUACAUUUAUAUUAUUUUUUUUGUUUUAAUGGUUAAUUUUAGACCAAGUUUCCAUCUAAACUACUUAUAAAUUGCCUUUGCUUGUACAUUGUCAUUAGCCAAUGAAAUUUAAGUAUCCUGGUAACAUGGAGGUCACUUUUGUUUAGGAAG